AUUACAUUUCAUUCCACUGACUCCUCUUAAACUCAAGAACACCGCAAAUGACAUUAUCGCAGCUUGGUACAGUUCCGGUAUGUUUCGUUAAAUAGGUACAGUAUUACGUUUUUCUCCGGAGCCAUAACAGAGUGACACCCAAUAUUUGAAAGAGGGAAAAGAGAAGAUGGCAGGUGCCAAAUCAGCAUUGGUGUUGUGCAUGGAUGUUGGGUUCUCCAUGUCCAACUCUGCCCCGGGCGAAGAGCCUCCCUUUGAACUUGCCAAAAAAGUCAUCCAGAAGUUUGUCCAGCGCCAGGUUUUUGCAGAGACCAAGGAUGAACUGGCGUUAGUUCUGUUUGGCACAGACUCCACCAAGAACUCACUGGACAAGGAUGACCAGUACCAGAACAUCACUGUGCAUCGUCACCUUAUGGUGCCUGAUUUUGAGCUUCUGGAGGAAAUAGAAAAUCAGAUCCAUCCAGAGAGUCAGCAGGCUGAUUGGCUGGAUGCUCUCGUUGUGUGUAUGGAUCUUCUUCAGACUGAAACAAAGGAAAAGAAGUGUGAUCGUCUCAACAUUGUCCUCUUGACUGACCUGAACACUGAGGCCAACUCAGAGCAGCUGGACGUUAUUAUUGAAAACCUGAAAAAAGCUGGCAUCACCCUGCAGUUUUUUUUACCUUUCCCUGUGGGGGAUGAUGAAGAGGGUGGAGGAGAUGCGGACGGAAGAGACCCUAGUCAGCCGGGCACGGGCAAAGGUCUAUCCAAGGAACAGAAAAGUGGCCUGGACAUGGUGAAACACAUCAUGCUAAGCCUGGAUGAGGAGGACGGCCUGGGAGAAAUUUACUCCUUCAGUAAAGCAAUUGAGCAGCUGUGCAUGUUCAAGCGCAUCGAGAAAAGACCAAUGGCCUGGCCCUGUCAGCUGACCAUCGGCAGCUGUCUGCCCAUCCGUAUUGUUGGAUACAAAGCAGUGACAGAAGAGAAACUGAAGAAAACGUGGACUACAGUUGACGCUCAAACCAACCAGAAAGAUGACGUGAAGAGAGAGACUGUCUACUGUCUGGAUGAUGACAAUGAGACAGAGGUGCAGAAGGAUGAUACUAUCCAAGGUUUUCGUUAUGGAAGUGAUAUUGUUCCCUUCUCCAAAGUAGAUCAAGACCAGAUGAAAUACAAACAUGAUGGGAAAUGCUUUGCUGUCCUCGGCUUUUCCAAACAGAACAUGGUACAACGGCAUCAGUUCAUGGGGACUCAAGUCAUCAAGAUAUUUUCUGCCAAGGAUGAUGAGCAUGCAGGAGUUGCGCUGUCCGCUCUCAUCCGAGCGCUAGAUGAACUCAACAUGGUGGCCAUUGUACGUUACGCCUAUGACCGGCGCAGCAACCCUCAAGUAGGAGCAGCCUUCCCGUGCAUCAAGCAGGACUAUGAGUGUCUGAUGUACGUCCAGCUGCCCUUCAUGGAAGACCUCAGACAGUUCACAUUUCCUUCUCUUGCAAACAACAAAAAGUUCACUCCAUCAGACACGCAGCUCUCUGCUGUUGACUCUCUUAUUGACUCCAUGAUGUUGGUAGAGGGGGAUGAUCAAAAGGACAUGUUCAAGGUCCACCACAUUCCCAACCCUGCCUUCCAGAGGCACUUCCAGUGUCUGCAUCAUCGGGCAGUAAGCCCCGGCACCCCUCUUCCCCCCAUGGAGCCAUGGCUGAAGACUGCUCUUGAGCGCCCUGAUGUCAUUAGUGAACGUUGCCAUGUUCCACUAGAGGAGAUAAAGAGGAAGUUUCCUCUGACAGAAGUGGAGAAGAAAAAGAAGCUCAAGACUAGUGCUCAGAUUUUUGGCAAAGACUCUGAGGAGCCAGAUGCCAAGAAGGAAAAGGGAGACGAAGAAGAGGAGUAUAGCCUGGCUGACAUUGCCGAAGGCUCUGUGACUUCGGUGGGAAGCGUGGAUCCAGCCAGAGACUUCCGUACUCUGAUAAGGAAGAAGAGUCUUCCAUUUGGAGAGGUUUGUCAGCAACUGACUCGCAGGAUAGAGCAGUUGCUUAGCAACAAGAACACACACUACUACAUGAAAAGCAUCACUUGUAUCCAGGCUUUUAGAGAGCAGUCCGUUAAGCUGGGGGAUGCCAAUCUGUACAAUGGCUACCUCCAGUCCCUGAAAAGAAGCAUUCCAAACAGAGGGCUGGAGGUCUUCUGGAACCUGCUUGUUCAAGAUGCCAUCACUCUGAUCAGUAAGGACGAGGUCGAAGGAAGCACUGUAUCCAAAAACGAAGCUAAUCAGUUUCUGGUUUCUGAGGAGAAGAAAGAGGAGGCAUCUACACCACAAGCUGAAGAUACUGGAGAUGUUGAUGACUUGCUGGACAUGAUGUAAGAAGGGAGGCAAUGGGAGUGUCUGCAGAGGACAUGCAGAAGAAUGCCAUCAUUCAGCUCGGCCAGACCAAACAAUUAAAAAAAUUCGGCCGUCCAUUGUUCUGCCUCCUAUUUGGGGGACCCCUGAUACUUGUAACUGGUGAUACUGUGUAACUGCAUACCUACCGCACAGAAUGGUGUUUGACUUAGUUAAUGUUUACACUAGUACUAUAAACUUUUGCAAGGACUUUAUGUUGAGGGCUUCAGAUGCUUUUUGUCCUAAAUGUCAAAAUGAUUGUAAUUUUAAUGAAUAUCUUGUGAUAAUUCCAUGGUAAUUUUCAGUAAUGCUUUAAAUCUCAAGAUUUAUGUGCACUACAUACCCUUUGUGACUUUACAGAAGACAUCACUCCAAAAAUACUGCCAAUAAACUGCAACUUUAUUAUCUU